UGUUCAGUACAGCCAACUUCAUUCGCUUGUCUUUGGAAACAUGGAACGGGAAACCACGGGCGUGUUUACACAGGUCAGAAGCUUAGAUGAUGGAAACAUAAAGUAGCUUAUGAAUAGCUCAUGAAUGACAGAAAAGGACAUUAAAAUAUCAUAUUUUGAUAUAUUAAAACGUUAGUUAGGUGUAGACUGUAACACUGUACUCUGGACACCCGUAUAAUGCUGCCUUGGAAGAAGAAUAAGUUCGACCUGAUAGAGCAAGACAAGCAGUCGAAGCAGAAAGGAUAUGCCGUGAGUUUAAACUACUCUGCGCUGACCUCCUUCGCUAAAUCGUGUCCCGAAAGUGCUCUGAACAGGGUCGGAAGCAUGUUCAAAUCGAAAAGGAAAAAGGUAAAGAUUACCAGCGAGGACCCCACAUACACGGUCCUCUAUCUGGGGAAUGCCACGACCAUCCAGUCGAAAGGAGACGGGUGCACGGACGUGGCCGUGAGCAAGAUUUGGGGGAAAAGCGAAAUGGGCAAAAAUGGCACCAAAAUGAAAUUAACCAUCAGCUCACAAGGCAUUCGGAUGGUGCAUGUGGACGAUAAAGCGAGGAGACCGGGACAUUUGUAUUUACUGCACCGGAUUACCUAUUGUGUUGCCGAUCCGAGGCUUCCCAAAAUUUUCGCAUGGAUAUACAGGCACGAGAUGAAGCAUAAGGCGGUGAUGCUGCGCUGUCACGCGGUGCUGGUAUCGAAGCCAGAGAAGGCGAAAGCCAUGGCGCUGCUCUUGUAUCAGACCUCGGCCACCGCUCUCGCCGAAUUUAAACGACUUAAACGAAGGGACGAUGCGAGGCAUCAGCAACAGCAGCUUAUAGGGGAACAGACGAUCCCGCUGGUGCCACUUAGGAAGCUUCUGAACGGUCAGUGUUAUUACAAACCGCCAGUGGAGCGGAGCCGGAGCGCGCCGAAACUAGGUUCCAUCACCGAAGACUUGAUCGGCGAGGAGGAAGAGGAGAAGGCGAUGCACUUCGAGUGUGAGGACAUUCUUGACACGGACGAUGAUUGCGUGGGUAGCGGUAAACAGGAGCUGUCCCAGAUUAUCACUGACCUGGGAGAGAUGAGCAUAGGAAACGAUGUCCAGACCCUCAAAGCGGACUUAAGAGUGACCCGACUUCUCUCCGGAGAGAGCACGGGCAGCGAAUCAUCUAUAGAGAGCAACCAAGAACCAAUUUCUGUCUCGAACGGUUUUGAGGAAGGAAAGAUGCAAGAACUUGUUUAAACCGCUUGAAGUCUACAUCAGUGCAUUUUCUUGGAAUCACAAUGUCUCAACUCUGUUUUUGUUCGUCUUAGUAGGCUACUGUAAUUUUCCAGUAGAGUGUUUGCUAACUACUGUGCCUCUUUCACCGUCUGGAAAUGGUGAACAAGACAAUGACCUGGACAAUGUUACUAAUAUUAUAGAUUGAAUCUGCACAGACACGGCAUACUCACAAAAACAUUUUGGGGAAUGUGCACUAGAAAGUGGAAAGACUGCAUGCCCUUCUGUAGAUGGUGAUGCGCAUGGACACAAUGCUGCAUUAGAUCUGUUUCUUUUAUCUAUAGAGAAUUUAUUCAGCGCUUGUUAACCCCAUCAGUUUCUCUCUUAAAUUUUUCCCUAAACAAUAUUGUCCAGAAAUGUAACAUUCCAUUUUAUUAUUGGUUUCAGCUUUCCUUACGUGACGCCUGUCAUGGCCUAUUUUCUUGCACUGUUGUGGCAUUCAGUCGAGUAUUACAUAGAUGUAGCAUAGCCCUACUCAUGUUCUUAUAACAUACAUGUCAUAUCUUUGCUGUGCAAAAGAAAAAAUACCCUAAUGUAUGGUGUACAUAGUAAAUGCAUUACGUAAUUCAUAUUUUUUAAAGAAGCAAAUGUGGUUUGUUUGUGAACCUCACAAAAUUACCAAUAAAAGUGCGGAAUGAACAGUCA